GUCAGACUAGCUGAACAUGAAAACUUAGCAAAAUCUAGAUUGGUUGACCCGAAUAAAAUAAGAAAUCUAGAGAAUAGUUCAGCUAUAGCAAUCCAUGCAGUAACACAACCAUACAAUAGGAUGCGAUAGCAUGACAGUUUUAAAAUCUAAUGUCACAGGGUAUAGGGAGAGAUUGAUAACAGAAGCUUUGUUUAUCGAAUCAACUACAAAUACAUGUAAUAGGAAUGAUUCAUCACCUGUCCCCGAUAUCUGGAAAAUUCUACUUCCCAUACGACAAAUAGGAGAGAACAAAGAAAACUAUAAAACUCAAGUGUCAAAGUCGUGUGAUCACAAUUGAUAUGAUUAUGAACAAUAAAUUUUGUUCGAAACGUCAUCCAGUAAAUAAUACUGUUUCACUGUGUGAUAUAUCUAAUAAACAAACUAAUUUGGACAUACGUUUGGUUUGAGUUUGAUGACUAUGAAACUGUUGUUUUACGAAAAAGUUCAUCAUAUAAGUAUUAAUUUGCAAUGCUUAUUGGGCGAUGGAGUGUUGAGUAUAUUGUAAAGGUUUGAUUUCUAUGAUUCAUUCCUGUAUUAAAUGAUUUGGCGUGAAGAUAUGGGUUGGUGACGAAGCCUGUUUUAGGAUCUUCUGUUGCUCACCAUAAUAAGCGAAUUAAAUUUUAGUAUUAGAUCAUAAACUUAAACUUCAAGUGUUUUUGUUACUGUGUUUCUCAUGAGGACAGCUACCUCCCCCUACACUUACAUAGUUGUGAGAUGAAACUUGCUUCUGAGUAUCAACACAUGUAUAUUGUUUAGAUAUGAGUUUUGUCGUCAAAUGAAUUUAGUCAUCUCCUAUUUGUUUUAUACAAGUAAGUACUUUAGAGAAAACUGUUCUACCUUGUGGAGAAAGUUUACCUCCGAUUGAAAAACUUCUCUUUGAUAAAAAUUUCACAAACAUACCAAUGUGGUGUACACUGAAUCUCUCUGAGACGUAUAAGAUUAGCAUGUUUGUGGAAAUAUCUAUUUCGAUUAAUUGCCGAUCAUGAUAUUAGUCAUCUCUGUCAUAUGUUACAGAUGUAUUUUGGAGACAUGAUUUUCGAUUAUUUCUUUCCAGGUGUGUAAUGAAACCGUCGUUGGGUUUUGCAUCACCUCGUAGUCAAGUGAGUAUAUCACCAGGAUCUGUUGUAUGUUCAGAAUGUGAACUAUCUGGUGAUAUAACCAUUGGUACAAAUACUGUUAUUCAUCCAAAAGUUCGUAUUAUUGCUGAAGCCGGUCCAAUAAUUAUUGGUUCGUUUAAUUUAAUCGAAGAACAGGUUGAAAUAGUGAAUAAAAUUGCUGGUUCUACAAUGAAGAUAGGAGACUACAAUGUGUUCGAGGUGGGGGCUCGUUGUUGUGCCUUAGAAGUUGGUGAUAAUAAUGUUUUUGAGGCGAAAUGUAAUAUUGGACCAAAUGUUAAAAUUACUCACGGUUGCGUAAUUGGUGCAAUGUUUUCAUUGGAUGCUGGAGAAACAAUACCGGAGUGUACUGUUGCCUACAGCGAUGAAGGUAAUCGUCGUAUCGCAACUGAACGUCCGCCUGCACAGACACUGCAGCUUGAUUUCUUGACUAAACUUUUGCCGAAUUAUCAUCACUUAACGAAAUUCUCUCGAGGUACUACUACACCACAAAAAUAA